AUGCCGCAAAGAAAAGGAAAGAAGGCAGCAUUCCAGCCGAAAGACAUGGUCUUGGCCAAAAUGACGGGCUUCCCAGCGUGGCCGUCGUUUGUCAUGCCGGACGACAUGAUUCCUAGUGCCAUCAUGAGGGCGAAAAAGAAAACAACAAACUUGUGUGUGAUUUUCAUUCCCGACGGCGACUACAACUGGAUGAACGAAAAAUCGCUUGAGCUAUUGUCGCCAGAUAAAUUGCAGGCCAAAUUGAGCAAGUUGCCCAAAGAUAAGCUCCGGAAUAAAGCGAAAAAGAAAACUGGCCGAACCAGCAAUGUGGCGGAUGCGCUUGUGGCCGCCAGCACCUUGAAUUUCGACCAGUUCAUGGAAGACUUGGCUGAACAGAAUAAGGCAUUGGAAGAUGACAAUGCCGAAAGCAACGAAGAAGAAGAAGAGGAGGAAGAGGAGAUCGAAGACGACCAGUCUGCCGAAGGAGAAGCUGAAGAUGAACAAAUAGAUGAUGACUCCGUCGCUUCCGACCAUGCUGAGCCCAUCAAUGACAAUGGUCUGGAUCCACAGCAACAGGAGCCUACGCCUGCUGACGAAGUCAAAGACGAACCAAGUGACGAAGAAAGUGAAGAGUCUGUGAGCAAAAAACGGGCCACAAACGGCACAGGUGCUAGAAAGAGAAGAGCAUCCAACGGCGACCAUAAAGUGGCGAAGAAUGGCACACUGUCGUCGCCAAAACCAGCAUCAGAAAAGGAUAGACAGCAUCAACUCUGGCUUUGCCGCAUCAAACUACAGCGGUCUUUGAUCCAGCGAAAUCAGCCGGUCACGCCAAAAGACCCAAAAGAUUAUCCUGCGCCGACAGUGGACGAGUUGCUGGUGGCACGUAUUAUUUUGCAUCGUUUGGCCGAUUUCCCGGUCAAUGUGGAGCUCUUGCGGGAAACCAAGAUACACAAAGUGCUCAAGUGCAUUUUGAAAGAUGAGGACUUGGAGUAUCCAGACAGUUUCCGCCUCCAUGAAAAAUGCGAGGAGUUACUUCUCAAGUGGAACCCGUUGAUUGAGAGCCUCAAACAGGAAAAACAGGCCAAACUCGAGUCCAGGUUGAGCAGCCAGAUCCCUGAGGAUGCAGACAUGCGUCAUGACACGAAAGCAACCUCCAGUAGAGCUCUUGAGCAUAGCGCCAGUCUCUGA